UUAAGACAAGCGCUGGUGUAAUUUGUAGAGUGUCAGAUGGAGAUGCUUCAAGUAGUUGUCAUUGUUUCCAUGUGCUUUGCAGUCCAUGGUGCAGUCACAUACGAAGUAUGCUUGGACAAGAAUAAAAAGUAUAAAGAAAAGGCGUUCGCUUGCCAGGACAAACUUCCAGAAGCAAGUUGCAAAGUACUGUACAAACCCCCUGGAAAUGACCCGGAAAUUGGAAAGGAUGACGAUAGGAGUUCAAAUUGUUGGACGAGUGAUCCAUCGUCUGCAACGCCACAGAAAGUUGACAAAGACAUUCUCAAAAUGGCUGUGGAAAACUGUCCAAAAACAUGUGCCUUAUGCUGCAAGUCACCCAUUUAUGACUGUGAAGACAGAAGCAUUGGAUGCGCCCAGUGGAAAAAUCAAUGCAAGGACCAAGAGUGGGUGAAGAUCCUUGAUUUGGCUUAUAAGUGUCCAAAAACGUGUGGACUGUGCGAAGAAGAGAUUCCAGGGUGCAAGGAUGUAGCAAAGAACUGCGACAAAACUCUGUGCGGAAUGGUGGAAAUUGCGGAUAUAAUGAAGGAACAGUGCAAGAAAACAUGCGGUUACUGUGAUAUAACAAACACCACUACUCCAGCAAACACCACUACUGAAAAGCCAAUUGCCACUACUCAAAAUGGACUUGUUCCUACUUCCGCUUCAAAGGAGUCCGACACAACUAUCCCUUGUGGAGCACACCAGAGAUGUGCGAUAUGGAAUAGAAAUGGAUUCUGUAAUAAUACCUUCUAUCCUUAUGAGUACAAGAGGAGAUUCUGUGGCAAAGAUUGCGGUAUAUGUUGAGCUUAGACUCAAGCAAACUCAGUUCACUUAUUCACAAAUUGGUUGUAAAAGUGUUUGAAUCUAAUACAUUCAUU